CUAAAAUUAAAAUCCGAAAUGGAAAAUCUCUCGGAUCCUGUUUUGUUGAAUAUUCUACAGUUUCUGCCAUUACAGAGCAGAAUGACUCUGUCCUGCACUAAUAAAAGAAUGUUGCGUCUCUGUUUUGACAAAAUGUUGACAAGGUGUACAACCUUUAGCGACAACUUCUGUCUAACAGACACCUGUUUCAGAACCUACAUUAAGCAGUGCAAUAAUGGAAAACAUAUCUCCGUCCUUAAUCUAAAUAAUGUUUACUGGAUAGCAAGAAACAAGCUUUUACCUCAGAUUAAGAAAUGCACCAUGCUGCGAGAACUUCAUGUUAAAGGCACUAAAAUCACCCCAAAAGACUUUGAAGCACUGUUGCCAUGUUUUCAAGAAUUGCAAACAUUAGCAUUUUCAUUUGAAAAAAUAUCUGAUCUGAAAAAAGACAAUUUUUCUGACUGCCAAGAAUCACUGUCUCACAUAAAACAGCUUUGUAUUGAAGUUAGCCAUCCUUUCAGAGCGGUUACUGGAACUAUAACAUCAACUUUUAUUGGGUAUGUCAGCACAUUCAUAGAUUGGUGUACAGCUUUGGAAGAGCUCCAUGUAACUGCAGGAAUAUGUCAUAGGAUGAAUGAAGAAUUGUUCCACUUUACAAUUGAUGAAAAUGCAAUGAGCAACUUACGUGUAUACACACACGCAACUGGGCGAGAGAAUAUAACAAUGAACCUCAUAUUCUGUGGGAUCAUGAAACAUCUUGGAAAAUUUAGUUUCAUUUGGAAGAUUUUCCACAUGCGUUCUUUACUUCUUGAAUUGGAAUUAAACCCAGAGUUUGAUAAGGACAGUAAGCAGAUAUUAACAAACAUGGCUCAACUGAAGAGUUUGGACCUCUUAGACAGCUCUAGUGCACACUCCCUUCCAAGCAAUGAUACCACACCCUUGUCAGAUGCUAUAAAUUUACGCUUUCUGAGAUUACAGAAAUGGGGAAUUGAAGCCAAGGAACUUGCUAUUCUGCUAAGUAAUUUGUCCAAGUUGCGUUCUUUGUGUCUAGAGCAAUGCUGCUUUGUCAUGCUAGAAUCGGGGGAUGAAAGAGGAAAACGGCGAGCCAACAUGCAUGGUAUUGAGGCUAUAUCUAAACACUGUCCAAAUCUGGAAUAUCUGAAUCUCAGUGGUAUUUGCAACCCAAAGGAUGAGCAAAUCUUGCCCAUGUCACGAAUCCUCAGUACUCAUGUUCAUAUUACUUUCCCUGAUGUCAUAAGCAAAAUGAAAAAUUUGAGAGGAUUGGCUAUUUCCUUGUGUCACUUGGAUGACAACAGGCCAGCUGAAUGUGCAGUCGUUGAUGAUGCCAAAGAUGAAGACCACAAAUGUGAUACACCAGACAAAGAUGGAAAUUGCCCUAUGCAGGUGAUAGCAGAGGGCUGUCCAAAUAUGGAAGAAUUCGAACUAGUCACAACAUACUUUGAAUCUGCCCUAGCUGAGAAUCAGAUAUCUCCAUCAUCACAGAAAUUCAGAUAUUGUUCUGGUACCAGAAAUGUGUUGGAGCAUGACCUUUCUCAUAUUGCCAAGUGGUAUUAUCUGAAGAAACUCACACUAGGUGCGAUACCAAACAUUGACAAAGGGGACUUUCUGGUGGAGAUCGCGGAACAGUGCCCAUAUAUUCAGGUGCUCUCUCUUGCUUUCAUAGGGAUGACAGGGCACUGCAAGUAUGACGCCUCUCUCAAUAAAGCUCUUCCAUUAAUGAACAAUCUGAAUGAUUUCAGGUUGGAACAGCCCAACUUCCCUCUGAGUUCUGCCUUCUUCAAGGCCCUCGGAAAGUGUAGGGAGUUGAGAAGGUUUUGUUGCAUUGCGAAAAACAGUAAAUUUGUGCCUAAAGAUAUCACUGCCUUCGUUCAAGAGAGCAAACACCUUGCUGUGUUACAACUGCUGACUGGUGCAACUAUUGCAGCCUGUAACGCCCUAGAGAAAGCAGUGAAGAAUAUUGUUUCUCAGACCCGUCCAGGAUUUUGUGUCACCCUGUAUCCUCUGAUGGCAGACCAAGAGAAUCUAAGACAGAAGCUUUACCAAGUGCCUCCUAGACAUUUCAGGGAAUUAACUGUUUUCUCGUCAAAAGUUGCACAAUCUCCUCAAAAUGCAUGGUGGGAUACUUGAAAACUAAGAAGUACAGAGAAAUCUGUUAAGUGGAACACCUCUGUUAG